GGCCAGGAGAUACUCUGGCCGGGUGGCUGGCGGGGGGGGGGGGGGUUUCCUGUGCCGCCCCCCCCCCCGCCCCACAACUCCCAAUGCAUCCAAGCCUUCUGCUUGUGCAAAAGGGAAAGUGGUUUUUCCUCUUUCCCUCUGCCGUGCCUACAGCGGCUUCCCGGCAGCUGCCCGCUCCAGAGGCCUGCUCCCCCACCCCGCGGAGACUGGGGGCCCGGCUGCCUGGCCAGGAUGUACCCCCCAAGGGGGAAGCUUUCCUGUGACUUGGGGGAGGGGAGUUGAUUUGCUCCAUUUCCUCCCCCCUCUGCCCUGCGAGGACUCCAGGAGUAGCAUUCCCAGCACGCCAGAGUGAGUCUACACGGGCUGCUAGCAAAAUCGCUUCAAUCCGGACUGGUUGGGGGUCAGAAAGGGGCCCAACCAGAAGAGAUCCUGUUCCCCCGGAGCUGGAGGUUUGUUCUAGCCUCGGGGUUUCCUGGAGGAAGUUGGAGCAGGAGUGAAUUUGGCGCAGCCUUAAAAUAUGAUCCUGCAGGAGGGACCCCAGUGACCAGGAGGACUCAGCAGGGAGCGGGGGGAGGAGAAUCCAGCCUGGGCAGCGCGAUGGUCCCGCUGUGCUGGCCCUGCCUGCACUGCUGCCCGUACCCCCCGGCGGCCAUGAGCGGGCCCCCCGCCCCGCAGCCCCCCGCCCUCUCCUACCACUACCGCAGCUUCUGCGGGGACUUCGAGCGGGUGGAGACAGCGCUGGAGCGGCUGGACGCCAGCGGCUUCUACUGGGGCAGCCUGUCGGGGGCGGAGGCCAAGCGGCUGCUGAGCCCCCACCCGCCGGGGGCUUUCCUCGUCCGCGACUCCUCUGACCACCGGCACCUCUUCACCCUCAGCCUCCGCACCGGGGCCGGCAUCACCAACCUGCGCAUCCAGCAGCAGGGGGCGGCCUUCCACCUGGAGACCCAGCCGGGGGCCCCCUGCCCGCCCGCCUUCGCCUGCGUGGUGCAGCUGGUGGAGCACUACCUGGGGCGGGCCGGGCACCCGGGGGGGCCCUGCUACCUGGAGGCCCAGGGGAGCCGCCCCGAGCCCCUGGCGCUCGCCCGCCCGCUGCGCUGCAAGGUGGCCUCGCUGCAGGAGUUGUGCCGGCGGGCUGUGCGGGCCAGCGUCCGGGCAGGGACCGGGGGGCCCGAUCUGGAGGGGCUGCCUGUGCCCCGGGCCCUACGCAACUCCCUGCGCUGCUAGGGGGCCCUGCCCCAGGCCCUACUGAACUGUCUGCGCAGAGGGAGGGGAGAGGAGCAAGGGGGGGACCCCCAACCUACGCUCAGAAUUCCCCCCCAAUGCUCAUGGGAGGCAGUGGGGUAGAGGGAGCCCCCCCGUAACUCAGGCCUUCUCAGCACAGCUGGGGGAGGGGAGGAAACCGCAGAGUGGGACCCCCUCUAGGACACCCCAGGGUUUUCCAGCACAGUGGAAGAGCGGGAAAGGGGUCUGUAGCCCCUGCCCUAUGGAAAAUGCAGGGCAGGGGCAGAUGGGGAGGGGAGCAGAUUGGCAUCAGCCCCAUGGCAGCUCCAGAUUGUGGGGGAGAUGGGACUGGAUAAGGAGAGAGGCCUGGAGUGGACAGGAGAGGGGGCUCUUCAGGCCAGGGCUGGGACCCAGAGUAAGAACUGGGAGGGGGACAUAGGAAUUGGUGGGAGCUGAGGGAUCUAAUGAGGGGGUUGAGACCCAGGACUCCUGGGUUCUCUCCCCAGAUCUGGGAGGGGUCUAGUGAUGAGAGCAGGGCGGCUAGGAGCCAGGACUCCUCGGUUCUCUCUGCAGCUCUGGGAAGGGCAUUGGGUCUAGAUCCCAACUAUUCCCAGGGAGCCAGAUUGGACCCCAGCCCCAUGCCGGGGCUCCCACCUCAUCCCCUGGAGGGCGCCACACCAACCGCAUGGACCUCGUCUCCCGCCAGGAGCGCUGGUGGCCCUGUUACCACCAGCCUGGCUGCACGGGGGGGGUCUUGUACCACUGCAUCGGGCUGGAAUAAACCUGUCUGCUGCAUCCUGCCUCCCACCACUGCUUUGGGGGCUGCCUGGGACCUGGGGGCUGCAGGGGUAGCCCCUCAAAGCACCCACAAAUCAGAGCCAGUACCCCCUAAAGAGGAAGAGCCCCAUUUCCCCUGAGCUAGGCAAGACCCAGGCCUGGGACCAGAGGGGAAAGGCCUGGUUCCCCAUUCCCUGCCAGCUGGCAGUGGUUGAGGGAUC